AUGCUAGGAAUUGACUUAAAAAGAGCCAAAAUAUCCGACAAAUUAAAAAUUUGGGCCGGUGAUUAUCAUACUGGAUAUUUUGUUUUACGAGGAAAAGGAGUAGUAGUUAGAAAACCAGGUCCAGAAAAAGGCCGAGAUUUAUUUUUAUUAGGUAAAUUGAGUGAAAUGGAACACGAUGUUUUAGAAGAAUCCAAUCCGGGAGUUCCUUUAAAAAAAGCUAAGUUUAGUUUAUAUCGUCGCUUAAAUGGAAUUAGACAUAAUACUUCUAAGAAAGAAGAAAGACAUAAUAGCCGGGAAAUGAUGUUAGUAGAAGACCAGUUUGAAAAUCCUGAAAAUAUCCAUUUACAAGAAAGAAUCCAGACUAUUGAAGAGUGUUAUGAAAAAUUUGAAGGAGAAAAAAAUAAUCACUAUUAUGAAUUAGUAGUAGAUGGCGAAGUGGUUUUUAAAUUAGGUAAUCCGGAAGAUCUUAGUGAAAAAAAAUCGGAACCAAAAGAAAGAAUUUUUGAGAAAAUAACUAAAGAAAAGGAAAAUAAAACCACUGAAACUGAUAAGGAAAGAGAAAAGGCUGAAAAAUUAAAAACAUCAUAUAGCAAUAGUAAAGAAAAUAUGGAAAACUUAAACGAAAGAGAUGCCGAAUAUAUAAUCGAUCGACUUUUAGCCAAAAAAGACACUGAUGGCAAAAUUAAGAAAAUAAGACCCGAUUAUGUUUUUUAUGAUAAUUCUGACUCCCCCAUUUUAGUUUUAGAAGUUAAAAAGCCCAAUGUAAAACUCUAUGAAUGUUUAGAAAAAGCAAAAAAAGUGUGUAAGAUAAUUAAUGCUCCUCUGGCGGUUGCCAGUGAUGCUUUUAAAUAUUUUUCUUAUCAUUUAACUUUUAACCGAGAAUAUUUAAUCAAUAAUAGACCGUUAGAAGACUUACCUUCACCCCAAGAAUUAAGUUCAGAAAAAUUAAUGACAAAUUAUGAGAAGAAGGAGCCGAUGAAGGAAGCGAAAGACCAAAAUCUUAAAACGAUUAUCAAUAACGAAUUAAAGAGACAUCAGCAAUAUUACAAAAUUGGCAAAUAUGCUUCUUCAUUAAAAAUUCGAGAUGCUGUUAUUAUUAAGGAGAUAAUUGAGGAAAUGAAUAAAAUUGAUUUUGCCCAAAGUGAUUUUGAUGCUAAGGGGGUAAUUUUUGAAUAUUUUUUGAAAAGAAAGGGCAAAAACGAUUUAGCUCAAUAUUUUACUCCACGUACUAUUGUUCGUUUUAUGGUUAAUUAUUUAUCUCCUAAGUUUGGUGAAAAAGUAUAUGACCCUUUUUGUGGUUCAGGGGGGAUGCUGAUCGAAGCCUUUAAUUUUAUUCGAAAACAAGCAAAAACUCUUACUAAUUUAGCAGAACAAAAUAACCAAAAUGCUAAUGUUGAAUGUGAUUUUUGUCAAAAGUUUUUUUCUUCUCAACUAGUUAAGUUAAUUAGCGAACAAAACAAGAAAAUUUGUGAAAAAUGUUUAAGUAAUCUAUUAAAACGACAAACUUUUUAUGGCAAGGAUAAAGCAACGGUGGCUUAUGUUGCUAAAUUAAACAUGAUUUUAAGCGGAGACGGACAUAAUAAUAUUCAUCGAGUAAAAGAUACUUUAAAAGAAAAGGUUGAGAAUAAAUACGAAGUAGUUAUAACUAAUAUUCCUUUUAAUAUGGCUACUAAAUUUGGCGGUAUCUAUAAAAUUCCAAGUAAUGAUGCUAAUGCUAUUUGUGUUCAACAUUGUUUAGAAGCCUUAAAAAAAGAAAAGGGUUCACGAGCGGGGAUAAUUGUGCCGGACAAAUUCACUUUCUUUAAUGGUUAUAAAGAUUUAAGAAAAAAACUUUUUGAAGAAUUUACUGUUACAGUGGGAUUUACCCUCGAUGCUCUAAAAGAACCAAUUAACGAAAAUGACUUAAAUGAUAUUUUAUUAGAAAAGUUUCUUUUUACCAAAAUUACCAAAGAACAAUUAGAAAAUAAUCAGUGA